GGUAUUGAAGUUGAAGCUAACUUGAUAUCAAACAUUUACAUAUACAAAAUCAUCCAUUUGCUACGUAUUUGGCUUCGAAUAUGCAUAUAGUUAUUCCUAGUGAUGAUACUCGAGUGUGGGGUUCCGAUCCACUAUCCCAUGAACCAACACGUAGUAAAUGUUCGUUGCUGUUGUCAGUAAAAAAGCAGAUAAUAUAAUAAUAAUAAUAAAAGAGCAUACUAAAACAGCAAGCUUCAAGUUCUAUAAGGUAUAUUGAUCUUAAUAAUAGAGAUAAGAUAAAACGCUGAAAUGUACCAACCAUAGAUGGUAUCGUUUUAUAAAAGAGGUCUUAUGACAUGUAAAAGUUGAAUCGAAAAAAAAUAAUAAUUGCUCGCUGUAUGGAAAAAAAAGACUUAAGGCAACACGAUAGAACUGAAAACUUUAUCAUGGUGAGGUUAUUAACACCAAAAUUCAUACAUUUUUUGGUCCAUAAAGUAUAAUAAAGUACCAUCUCGCUUUACUGAGUACACAAAGCCUUUUAGACGCCAAUUUCGCCAACUGAUCACGAAACUGAUCGUUGGACGUUGCUCGAUAUAUCGACGUCGAGUAUGCCGAUACCAGCUGCGGUAGUUGGAAGAGUGAUGUAAUCGAGGGGAUACGAAUAAGGGAGAACUUUAAGCGUUGAUCGAACAGCCUUGUAUCUUCUUAGGGUUAAAGUGGGCUAAAUUUUGCCGGACCAGUUCCGAGAUUUUGCAAAAGUUUGUUUCAAUGUUAGACACAACUUUGUUCGUUUUCUUGUCGACGCUAUCUUGGGAGAUGUUUGGCCGGUGUAAGAAGUAUACCCUAUGAUGUCGUCUGCACAGCAAUGAAUACUGCUGAUUUGCAGCAUAUCAAUAUGCAGAAGAAACAGUGUUGGGGAUAGCACGUCAUACUUUGCAAGACUUAUGGGUCGAUGUUUUAAGUCGGAGCAUGCACCGUCGAUAAAUAUCUUGAUUUUCCGAUCAGCCCAAAAGCUAGUGAAGAUCGCCAGCUGAGCGACCUUGACGAGACCAGAUAAAGAAUUCAAAAGUAUACCAAAUAAUAAGAAGAAUGCCUAAAGGAGCUGCAUUACACAUUCAUAGUACUCUGAUGCUUAGCACGGAUAAACUAAUGGCCCUGACGUAUGAGAAACACUUAUACGCGUGUCUAGCUGAUGGAGAAUUAGAUCUACAAUUCUCAAGACUGCCUCCCCAACGACCUUGCUCCUUUAAGUGGAUCCUUUUAAGCGAAUUAAGAGAGAGAUCCAAUAACGUUACACGUUUUGAUUCAGAGCUGAGAAAGUAUUUUACAAUGGUUACAAAUGAUGAAAGGUUUUAUGACAAAGAUAUUAAUUAUACUUGGAAAAAGUUUAAUAAGGUGUGUAAAACUAUACAAUCACUGAUUUCGUAUCGACCAGUUCGCGAGAAAUUUUUUUUGGAAGCACUAAAUGAGUUUUAUAGCGAUAAUAUUAUGUACAUCGAGAUUAGAAGUGGUUUGUCAAGGUUGUAUGAAUUGGAUGGCAGAGUUCAUAAUCAAACGUAUUGGCCAUAUCUGAUGCAAAGAGUUGCAAAUCAGUUUAAAAAAGAACAUCCAGAUUUUAUAGGAAUUAAAUUGAUCCUUACGCGAAGUCGAUUAAGAUCCGUUAAUGAGACAUUAGAAGCCGCAAGAGAAAUUAAAGAAUAUCUUCCUGAUAUUUUUGCUGGAUUUGAUCUGGUUGGACAAGAAGAUAUUGGGAAACCACUGUCUGAUUAUGUACCAACUCUCUUGGAAGCAAAGAAGAAUAUGAAGUUCUUUUUCCACGGUGGCGAAACAAAUUGGUUCGGAACAUCAACAGAUGAAAAUCUGGUAGACGCUAUUCUCCUUGGGGCAAAGCGCAUUGGUCACGGCUACGCACUGAUAAAACAUCCAGAUUUAAUGGAUGCUGUGAAGAAGAAAGAUAUAGCGGUUGAAGUAAAUGUGAUUUCAAACACUGUGCUGUCUUUGGUCCGUGAUGUAAGGAACCAUCCCUUGGCUACAUAUUUGGCUACAGAUAUGCCAAUAGUAAUUUCUAGUGAUGAUCCUGGUAUGUGGGAUUCAGACCCACUUUCGCAUGACUUUUACGUGAUGUUCGUUGGUGUAGCCAGUAAAAAAGCAGACUUAAGGACGUUAAAGCAGUUAGUGAUAAAUUCCAUAAGAUAUAGUGAGUUAGAUAAUAGAGGUAAGAGAUCCAUGUUUAAAAUAUUUAAUAAAAAAUGGCAUUGUUUCAUAAGAUCAUUAAUAACACUGCAUAAAUCAUGAACACUUAAUCGAAAAUAAUUUUCGUUACUUUUUCUGAGAUGGACGAGUUUUCUAGUAUUAAUAAGUAUUCGCUGCCGAAAAAUAAAAGACGUCAGUAAAAGUAAAAUACCAGUGGGAGGCUCCUUUGCACAGAAAGCCGGCUAGAUUAUGGGUACCACAACGGCGCCUAUUUCUGCCGUGAAGCAGUAAUGUGUAAACAUUACUGUGUUUCGGUCUGAAGGGCGCCGCAGCUACUGAAAUUACUGGGCAAAUGAGACUUAACGUCUUGUGUCUCAAGGUGACGAGCGCAAUUGCAGUGCCCCUCAGAAUUUUUCAAUAAUCCUGAGCGGCACUGCAUUGUAAUGGGUCGGACAUAUCAAUUACCAUCAGCUGAAUGUCCUGCUCGUCUCGUCCCUUAUUUUCAUAAAUAAUAAAAGACAUUUAAGGUACACUUAUAACUUCUUAAUCUAAAAAUAUUAUGGGGUAAAAAAGAAGACUAGAUUUAGUAUAGAACACAAAAUUUUGAUUUUAUUAAUCGAAACUGGUUCAAAAACCGUAAUUUAACAACGCUCGUUUGAAUAUUUACAUAAAUAUGUAUUUUAGUAUAAGUACGUAUUAUUUAUUGUAUAAUUAAUAAUAAUAUAGCUAUAUUGGCUUGUUUGACAAGUUGUAGAGUGAUAAUAGAAUUAGGUAGGUAUGUAGGUAUUGCGUAAACUUUCUGAAUUCUAAGUAGGUUAGAUCUCAGUUCACAGACUAUCAAAUCUGCAAGUAAUAUAAUUAUAGUAUAAUUUAAGCUUUUCAAAAAGUAGAUAGAAAAAUAAUAUUAUACAAGUCAUAUCUAUUUAAGAAUCAUAAUAUUAAUAAGGUUUAAGAUAAAAAAUUGCGUAUUACUAAUUUGACUGUACUGCAAUGUAAUAAAAUAAUAUUUUAAAUUAA